UGCGGUUGGUCUCGCCUCCCCGCACCCCAGGGCCCCGGGUGCGUUCGCCGCCGCCGCCCCCCGAGUGAGUGGCCCGGGAAGACGCGCCGGACGAGGCCACAGCGCGGUUAGCGUGGGGAAAGCCAAGCCUUGCAGGAGCGGCGCCGCCGAGAUGAGCGGGGACGAGAACCCGGCCAGCAAGCCCACGCCGGUGCAGGACGUGCAAGGCGAUGGGCGCUGGAUGUCCCUGCACCAUCGCUUCGUGGCCGACAGCAAAGAUAAGGAACCUGAAGUCGUCUUCAUCGGGGAUUCCUUGGUCCAGCUAAUGCAUCAGUGCGAGAUCUGGCGGGAGCUCUUCUCUCCUCUGCACGCACUGAACUUUGGCAUUGGCGGUGACAGCACACAGCAUGUGCUGUGGCGACUGGAGAAUGGAGAGCUGGAACACAUCCGGCCCAAGAUUGUGGUAGUCUGGGUGGGCACCAACAACCAUGGACACACGGCAGAGCAGGUGACUGGCGGCAUCAAAGCCAUCGUGCACCUGGUGAACCAGCGGCAGCCCCAGGCCCGAGUCGUGGUGCUGGGCCUGCUUCCACGGGGCCAGCACCCCAACCCGCUCAGGGAGAAAAACCAACGGGUAAACGAGCUGGUCCGGGCAGCACUGUCUGGCUACCCCAGGGCUCACUUCCUGGAUGCUGACCCUGGCUUCGUGCACUCGGACGGCACCAUCAGCCACCACGACAUGUACGAUUACUUACAUCUGAGCCGCCUGGGUUACACGCCUGUCUGCAGAACCCUCCACUCCUUGCUGCUGCGACUGCUGGCUCAGGACCAGGGGGCCCCCUUGGCAGGGCCUACACCCUAAGCAUUACUCCAUUAAAUUCUCAAUCUUUGGUCUCA